CUUUUCUUCUUCACUUUAUUUUAUUUUUAUCUUUUUUUUUUUGUUGCUUCUUCUUCUUCUUCUUCUUCUGCUGUUGUUCUAUGGAGAAUCUAGAGUUACCAGGAGAUGACCUAGUAUUGGAAUUCGAUUCCCAAAACCUGCUCGACGAAUUGUCACCGGAUACUGGGAGCCUGCUCGAUGCCGGCGACGUCAAUGCUUCGUCUCCCGACUCUCUGUCUUGGUGGAUUGGCGAGAUCGAGAGCCUCUUGAUGCAGGACGACGAGCAAGAUGUCGCUUUCGAACCGGGUCAGGAGGUUUUUGAUCGCUUCUGCGCCGACUUGCUCGUUGAUCCCGCCGAGGGUGGACCGUCCGAGGUGGCUGGCGGCGCGAGCGACAAGGAGUCCAAUUCAUCCGGCGGCGGCGGCGGCGAACGAGAGGAGAAGCCGGUCGCCGGAUAUAACGAGCUCUCUGAGGACGCUGAUGACGAUCCUGUCUCUAAGAAACGGAGAAGGCAGCUCAGAAAUAAGGAUUCGGCGGCUAGGUCGAGGGAGAGAAAGAAAUCUUUCGUGAAAGAGUUGGAGAUGAAGAGCAAGUAUCUAGAAGGGGAAUGCCGGAGACUGGGGCGGUUGCUCCAGUGCUUUAUGGCUGAGAAUCAAGCUCUACGUCUCAGUUUGGAGAAUGGCAGCGCAUAUGGUGCUUCCAUGGCCAAGCAGGAGUCUGCCGUGCUCUUGUUGGAAUCCCUGCUGUUGGGUUCCCUGCUUUGGUUCCUGGGCGUCAUGUGCCUGUUUACCCUGACCAUGUCUCUCCAAUUGCGGCUGGUGGCGCUGCCACUGGAAAACGUCGGAGAGAGAGAUCUGAGAAGUCGGGCUCCAAGAGGAAUGCGAGGUCAUGUGUUUGAAGUAUCGAUGGCACAAUCUUUCAUCAUGACCAGGAGAUGCAGAGGUUCGAGGACAAAAAUGACGUGCCAUUUUCUUCCUCGAGCUUUGGCACGACGUGAUCUUUCAUACAUGGGAUGUCACUUUUGAUGGGUGUCAUCUAGAAACCAACCUAAAAGAAGUCGUCCAGGCUCUUGUUUAAUUAUGUUUUUCUGCUCGGUUUAGUAAAUG